UAAUUACGUCUAUUUGUUCAAUUUUUUAUAUGAUAUCGAAUAUUCGUCAUAAAUAGAUGGUUUAAGAUGCUAAAAGAAAUAUUUAGUUAGUGAAUAUAAUACAUCAAAUAUUACAAAUACAUCAUUUAGUUAAAUAAAUAACCAAAAAUCAAAAAUUCAUAUCUGCGCUGGCGCGCGGGUUAGGGUCUAGUUUAUUUUAAUUCCACAGACAAAGCAAAUAAUCAAGGGAAUGAUAGUUGAAAAGAAAAAAAAAAGAAUAGGAGUAUAGUUAGGAGGGGAUGAUACGGGUUAAGAGAAGAAUCAGACGUGGCAUUGUAAGGAGCUUCUCCCAAAUAUCAAAAGCCCAUAGGACUCUCGUCUUAGACUUCCCUAAAUUUUUACCCUCCAACAAUUACAAAAACGCCACUCCCCUCUCGCUCUCUCUCUCCCGCCGGAGCUCCUCGGAAUCUGAGAUGGACGCAGUGUCUUCGGCGAAGUCCAUACUGGAGAAGCCUCUGAAGCUCCUCACGGAAGAUGACAUUUCUCAGCUCACCCGCGAGGACUGCCGCAAGUUCCUCAAGGACAAAGGAAUGCGGAGGCCUUCGUGGAACAAAUCUCAGGCGAUCCAGCAAGUUUUAUCCCUCAAAGCUCUCUUUGAGCCCGGCGACGACUCCGGCGCCGGCAUCCUCCGCAAGAUCCUCGUUUCUCCGAAUCCCACUCGCGUCACAGCAACGUCGACUGAGCCAGCGAACGAGGUCGGAGCACGGAUUCCUUUUCAGGAAGAUGACAGAAGAGAUUCUCCAAGAUCGGCUGAGUUCUCCGGCUCCGAGAAAGACAGCUACAACACUCUCUCUCCCAGAAGCCCAGCAGAAACAAGUGCGCUGGUUGGGCAAAUGACGAUAUUCUAUAGUGGGAAAGUGAGUGUGUAUGAUGGUGUACCACCUGAAAAGGCGCGGUCUAUCAUGCACUUUGCAGCCAACCCGAUUGAUUUGCCUGAAUAUGGUGUUUCUGCUUCUGCUAGAUUGACAUCAAGGCCCAUGACCAUGAGUAAAGAGAAGAUGGUUGAACCUCCCCACUAUGGCUAUGGCCUUGAAAAGGCAAAUGCUUCUCGUGAUUCUGAUGCGGAGGGCCAGGCUAACAGAAAAGUGUCGUUGCAAAGAUAUCUUGACAAGCGGAAGGAUAGGAGAUUGUUUAAGAACAAAAAGGCACCAGGAGUUGCAUCAUCUAGCUUGGAGAUGUAUCUGAGUCGUAGUCAGCCAGUGACCAACGCAUAUUCACAAAGCCUUAGCGGUGGUGGCACAGGAGGAGAACAGCACGAGUCACCUGAAAAUCAGAGGAGAAGUCCCAAUCUAUCAGUUGAUCUGAACAGUGAUUUAAAUAGCGAAGAUAACUAACAAGAUGACCAAAAACUGGGGAUGGUAUUAGGGGUCAAAAGGCUCAUCAAUACACGAAGAACAGUUCAAAAGCAGACAAGGAAUGUUCCCUAGUUCAGAAACAUGGCACAAGAAGGUUGAGCUGGAGGAGUCUUAGUUGAUCAAUUUCUGUUUUUUUUUGUCUUGUUUUUGUAUUAAUCUUUUAUUAGGUAUGUAGUGCUGAGUUAGGUUAGUGACGGAAAUGUUCUUUGGUUCAUCAGUUGGAGAGAGUAUGAGAACGGCGGGGAUUUUUCCAGGUUCAAAUUAUGUAAAUGAUGUCUUUUUAUGACACUUCAAACAAAUGAGAGAGAGAGGGAGAGAGAGACCUUUUGUUGAUUCUCUAACUUUUGAGUUUCCAUCGCUACU